UUGUCGUUGAUUGGGUCGCAGUAUUGUGGUAUUUAUGUGUGCAUAAUACGACCUUGUUGUCGCUGUUAACUGUUGAGUCAAGUGUGCUAACAGUGGAGCUAGAGGCCUAGCUGGCUACAUAGCUAGCGUUAGCAUAGUUUUGAUAAUUUGUGGAGCUUCGUUUGAACGACACGUUAGGUUCACUCCGUAACUAUAGUCUCGGGUGUGUGGGUUUUCUUGAAUUGGUGGCCACUAGCUUUGCGUUAUGGUGAUACGUCAUUGGGGGUGAUUCUGGUACGCCUGUUGGUCUCCCGUGUCAAAUCUAAAAUGAAGAUCCGAUUGCGGAAACCAUUACACACUUCUGUGACGGCAUGCUCGAGGUUCGUGGAAGGUGUAGAUUAGGUCAAAGUAAUGACCAAGGGUUGCAAGUCAUCGGUGUGUACACACUUGUAGUGCUGUACAUUGUGUGUGGACCACUUUAAGUUUUCCACCACUGGAUUAUCUGGACUACAUAACAAGGGUUGAUGUGGUAACCAUAUCAAAUAAAAUGCCGUGGAUGUCCAGCAGCUAUGGGUGCCGUGGUUCCUUGAAGAGCAGGGGUGUUGUAGUGAUGGAGAGGGGCAGUGUGAGAGAAGAGCUUCCCUCACCAGCAACGGUUUGGAAAGCAGUUCAUGUUGGUGACCGACAGUCAUCCAUGAACAACUGCCACCUAAAAUCUCUGCUGUGGAAGUAGUUGUGAAGCGCAAAACCUGGAUGCAGGAUUGGUUGGAUCAAAAGGGAACAGUCAUGGAAAGGUGCUGUUAUAUGUGCGUCAGCAUGGCAGUCGUCAUCCGUUUACAGAGACUAAAUGUCACAGCUGGUACUGAGGAUAUUCGCAAGUUCUUCACUGGCCUCAAAAUUCCAGAUGGAGGGGUGCAUAUAAUUGGUGGGGAUCAAGAAGAAGCUUUCAUUAUCUUUGCCACGGAUGAAGAUGCAAGAAGAGCAAUGUCACGGUCUGGGCAUUGUAUCAAUGGUACACCUGUGACACUGCUACUCAGUAGUAAAUCAGAGAUGCAGACAAUGCUUGAAAGAAGUACAAAAAUUGUGGAGCUGGAACAAAGGAACCGAUUUGAAGAGAACGAAAGGCCCACUAGAAGAUCUUUGGGCUCUGAGGUGGGAAGAUUGGGUCAUACCUCAUCGCCCAACCACCAGACAGCUUCAAAAUGUGACGAUGGCUUGUUGGUAUUUCUAAAAGGAUUGCCUUUCUCUGUGACUGAGAAAGAAAUUCACGACUUUUUCAGUGAUUUACUUAUCGAUGAAAUUGUCUUGGUGAAGAAUAAGAAGGGGUCGAACAAUGGAACAGGUUUUGUCAAAUUUGCAACAAGAGAGGAUGCGAUUGAAGCCCUCAAGAGAGACCGGGAAUACAUUGGGUCGAGGUAUAUUGAGCUCUCCAUGACAACAGCAUACGAUUGGUAUCGCAAUACUGGCAGACCUCCAAUGGCUGUCAACAGGAACGAAAACUUUGUAAGGGAGAGAUCACCCAUUCGUAAUCAGAGAAUUCAACAAGAUCACCAUGCCAAGUCACAGUCACCUAUGGCCCAGAUGCUCAUCACUCCUGGCAAUGAGUACUGUGUUUUGGUUGACAAUCUGUCUUAUGCUGUGGGGAAAGAAGACAUGAAAAAGCUUUUUGAUUAUGCAAAGCUUGAGGAUGAUCAGAUCUUGCACUUGAUGGACAGUGAGGGGAGAAGAACAAGAUCUGCCUUUGUUCUGUUCAAGAAUCAGCGUGACUAUUGUGAGGCUUUAGCUAAUGAGAAAAGACAGUUUUUCCACCGAUGUAUUUUUACCCGCCCAAUCUCAAGAGAGAACAUGAUGACCCUUCUGGAGUCUCACUGCAUGGAUGUCCAACCUCCUGGAAAUUCGCAAGAGUUUUCAGAGAGGCCCUCAUCUUACCCCAGUGAUCACCAUGACUCUGAGAAAUUGUGUCUGUUUGUGCGAAACUUGCCAUUAGAUGUGAGAAAAGUUGAGAUCAUGGACUUCUUUCUUGGGUUUAAUAUCACUGAGGAUAAGGUCUUCUUGCUGUUUGACCAUAAUGGUGCUGGGGUGGGGAAGGCUUUGAUUCUUUUCCGAUCUGAGGCAGAGGCUACAAGGGCACUCUCUCUAAAUGGUCAACGGUUUCUUGGGUCAGAAGUCAUUCUGAAAUGCAUUACACGUUCCCAGAUGAAGCAGUUGGGUGUUGAACCGCCAAUGGUCCAAGAGCCAUUGUCAAGAGAGGAGCGCUAUUCUGGCAGGAGCAGAGCGUCGUCCUAUCACUCUGACAGUGAUCGGACAGAGUUCCCUGAUUACAGGAUGUCUCGUGAUGGUAAUAUACCAGUGACUGAUGAACUGACUCAGUUCCAGGGAGGCUAUGAUUAUGAAACUCGUUCGGGCACUCGUGGUCCACAUGGCAGGGGUAACGGUGUACACGGUGAUGUUCGCCCCUCUUCGCAACCCUUUGAUGGUCCUACCUGUGUACGAUUGGUCAACCUGCCAUUCCAAAUAAGAACAGAAGAAAUAUAUGAUUUUUGCCAUGGGUAUCAAAUUAUCCCUGGAUCCGUGUCACUGCAGUUUGACCAGAGUGGAAAACCUACAGGCACUGCAACUGUUGUGUUUCAGUCUCGUUCAGAGGCCAUGACGGCAGUGGAGGAACUGAGCGGAAGACCCAUAGGUCCAAGAAAAAUAAAGCUUUUGUUUGUUUGAAUACAUGUGCCCUCACAAUUUGGCUUGGACAGAAGCGAUUUUGAUUUCAACAGCAAAGUUGCUGUUUCAUUUGUCUUUGAAAAUGACAUGGGUUACUUGAAGGUGAAUAAUGGUUCUAACUGUUCUGUUUUGGGAUUUGCUAAUACAGCAAUUUGACUACAUUUAUUUUUUUGUAAUUGUAAUGAAAUUGUGAAUUUCAUUUAUACCAUUAUACCCUUUUAGUAGUUUGUUUUGGAAGUGUUUUUUUGCUUUGUUUUUUUAAUGAAAACAAAUGUGUAGUGUCAGAUUUUGUGCAAACAAAUGUUGCUUAACAAAAACCUGUAAAUAAAGUGUUCUGUUCAUCGAG